UGGUGUGUGUAGUUUGUCAGCUGGGUCUAUAUAAAUUGGUGAGACUGAAAGAGUUAAUCAGAUAAGUGGAUGCGUGUUGCUCUUCCCUGUUUGCCAGUCUUGUUCCAGAGGUGUGACGGCGUUUUACAGUGGUUAACUGGGAUGAAUGCUGAAACGUGAGAGAAGAUGUUAUAAUAUCAUCGUCCCGGCGGCUGGCGCGAUGCAGGGACCUUGUGCGCGUUUUGCAUGAAGCGGGGAUGUGAUCUGCAAGAUGUGACUGAGGAGAGCCGCAGAUGAAUAUUAAUUGGCAUCCAGGUCUCUACAAGAGCUGAGGGCUCAGCAGUAAAUUGAGAAGUCGCACAGUGGCUCCCCCUGCAGGACAUUGAGAUACUGUAGAAUUGUAGACCCCAACAUUGAAUGACAUGCAACACGUGACUCAAACUACAAGUAGCUGAGGGUUAAUUGGGAGCUAAAGACUUCACAAGGCUUCCUCAAAUCCAUUCUAUGGAGGUCAAAGGUCGACUAAUCAGUACAAUGGGCUUAGGGGCUCCAGAUAUCCAGGGCUGUCAGGACAGCAAGCUGCAAGCAGAGCGAAUCUCAGAGCUGCAGGAGCGAAAGCAGAGUCUGCAGAGCCUUUUGAACAGUCGUCUCGGAGAGCUGCGACAAGUGUGUCUUGUGGAGGCGGAGCUCACAGGGAAGCUUCCACGGGAUUUUCCUUUAGAAGAAGGGGAAAGACCUCCCUUUGUUCCGCGCCGAGCUGGCCUGACCCCUCAUGUUAGCUCAAAAGGAGAGGAUGACCUAGGUCAGCGACGGCAGAUGAAAGCUCUCUUCAGUGGUGCCCUGCGCCGGAGCAUCGAUGCUGAUAAAAAUGCAUUGCACAUUAAGAGGACUGUUCAUCGGGGAUGCCACACAGAGGAAACUGUGAAGUCAGAGAGCAGUUCAAUGUCAGACUCAACAUCACAUGACAACGAGGAUUCGUCUCCCAGUGUGGCUCCUGAGCAUCGCUCCUUGUCUCAUCCCCGGUUGGCCCAAAGCAGUCCUGACAGUAGGCUCUGUAGGAAGCUGUCGCCUGUAGAGAUCUACUACGAGAUGAGGACUCGCCGCAACUCAACCUCAAGCUCUGUGAGCCCAAGUCACUCACUGCCAAGAAGUGCAUCCAAUGUGGAGGGCAGAAGUGUUCCAGCCACGCCGCUGUUGUCCCGCACUGCACCAAUCAGCGUUCAUGUGAGGCCGGAGAUGCCUGGUGGGAUUGCACUGAAGCAGUGGUGUGGCAGUCCAGAUCUUCCUCAGUUUGUCCCGUUGGCAUCUUUGGAGGGCUCCUCUUCUGAGCGCCGCAGCUGCCCCUACAGUUCCCGUGCUCGUCGUAGCAACAGCUCUGAGGCGCUACUCGACCGCUCGAGUCUCCCUGAGCCCGGUCCUCCUCACAACGGCAUGCCACCCCGAGCCGGACCAUACAAGAGCUCGGAGUCCCUCACAGAUGGGAAGCUCCGUCAGUUCUAUCAAGGCAGCCCAGAGAGACAGAUGAUGGGAUUUAAAGACCAGGGUCGAAUGCGCUCCUCUCUCGGUAGUGGCACAGGUUACAAUGAGAUUUUGAUUGACUACAUUUGGGGCAAACAGCAAAAGAGGCCUGCCCAGGCUCAACAGAACCAGUCAGCAGGACGCAUCUGGCCAGACUUCUCCACUCCUCCAUCGGGCACCCCUCCACACUACAACGGUUUCUCCCAUUCGCAGUUACAUCUGGCUGCCGCCCCACCUUCCUAUAGCCCCGUGCUGCUGCGGGGUCAAGAGGCCGAACCCCGUCGGGUCAAAGUGACACGAACGAAAUCCUGUGGACCCUUCAUCCCUUUACAGCAGCACUCACAGGACACGGUGUUGUUCUCGGCAUAUGAUCUGUCACAUCCCUCUGCUGGAUCCACCACUUCUUCUAUUCCCAACCUGCUCCCUCACCACACAGAGCUGUCCACUGCUGCAGCUUUCGGCCGCAGAGCGCCUCAGUUCUCUCUUCCCACUCCUGAGGACUCCACCCGGAGUUUGCACAAAGCACUGGCUCUGGAGGGACUCCGGGACUGGUAUCUGAGGAACGCCUUAGGUUAUUCCACUACGGCCAAAGCUCACGACGGACUGGCCAUGCGCCAUUCACAUACUCACCACCUCGUGCACCAGCCUCAGUCCGUUACAGCCGACCCACUGUACUCUGUGCAUCGUCAAAUACCUCAGUCAGCUUCAUUUCAUGGGCAUCCCUUGCAUGCCAGGUCUGUGGAGCUCUCCCUCUACCCAGAGCCUUUCCCCUUAGAGGGGAGCACUCCAAAAGAGUCUGGCUCUGAGCCCCCUUCACCUGGAACACUGGUCUGACUGGCAGCCAACACACCCCACAGCCUCCAAUGCAACAUGUUGCAAUAUUUGAUGCAAAAUGACACCUUGUUCUAGGGAUGCAUUUGUCCAAUUGCUCAAAAUUAACAAUUGAAAUAAAAAUAAAACUGAAAGAAUGCAUCCUUUGUAGCAUACAUGCUGCCACACAGACAAUGAGAGCAGGACAAAAUAGUAUUUGAUUGGAGAAAUAUAUCAUUUUACUAUACUUACCAUUUCUGCAUUUAAAUGUACAAUUAUCAUACAUUUGAUCGUACAGUUAUCAUAGAUAAGGAGGCAUCUGUAAGAGCACAACUGAAAUCGAGUGAUCAGUGUGUUGGCUGUCUUAGAUCUAGUGCAGCGCUUGAUUGUAAACUGGUGUUUACAAGGAGCUUUUUUCCUCCUCCAUAAUCUCUGUGUGUGUAUUAUUGGGAUGUUAUUGUAAUUACAUUUUCAAAACAAGAUAUAAAGGUAAUCAUAUCAUGUCCACUUCAUCUUGAGAUAUAUAUAUUUUCUGAGAAUAAAUAGAUUAUAAUAUGUAUGUAUUCUUAAUUACUAUUUUGUAACUAAUAUGUUUCAGAUUAACAGUCAUUUAAUUAUAUACAAGUCUACUCAGAUUUGAAUUAACUCAUGCGUUUUUAAUGUCCUAUAACAGCAGUGAAUGUGUUGCAUACCUGUUUGUUUAUAUCUAUAUAUCUAUAUGUAGCUAUGAAGAGUAUGCUAAAUAGCAUUUCAUAUUAUGGACCUUGAAGUGAGGAUGAGCUUUCUCUUGGAGGGCUUGUGUUCUCUGAAGUCUUAGUCAAGUAAACAAGCAGUUAUCAAGUCCACUAUUUCAACAGACUUGAAAAGGACUGCUGACCUAAAAUAUUGAGAUCUUGAAUUCUGAAAUGGUAGUCUUGAGGUCUGUUCACACCGAUUAAAAAAAAAAAUUGUGAGAAGAUUUUAAAAUGAAAAAUGCAUUCCUAUGAAAUCCUUUAUACAGAGUCAGAAAUAAAUGAACGAGCAUUCAUGUUUUUCUUUUUUUUUUAUGCUUUUUGGAUUAAUUUUGGGAUGCCAAAUAGUUUUAAGGGUUCAACAAUUUUGAGAAAAUUGGCAUCAGACUCUGUGUGAAUUGUUUGUGGAUAUUUAAUAUUUUCAUGUUUAGUUGUAUUCAACUUGGCAACCCCUUUAACAGAUAAUCUUAAAUCUUUAAGUGAGCAUCUACUGUAGUUUACAUGUUGAGCAGUGGCAUAAGCUGGUCUUAUGUUACCUUAUAAUUUUCUUAACCAGUCAGUAGGUUAUUCUGUUUACCUAGCAGUUUGGUAACCUUUUUUUUUUUUUUUUUUUUUACAGUUCCUGACUGUAUGAUUUAGUUUUUCUUCGAACUAGGUUCUUCCUGAAAUAGGCCAAACCAUAUAUUAUUACCAGUUACCAGCUUGUGUAGAUUAUCCUCGAAAUCAGUAAAUUUUUGCUGUGGAGUGUAUUAAAUACAACACUAUAGGGUAAUUUUCACCCAUGUUAAGCCUAUGAAUUAUUCCUAAAACUGCAGAACAUGUGAUGGUUUAAGUUUCAAAUGAUGAUGGUUCAUUUAAUGUUUGGUUAAUUAGACUUGAGGGGUUCAUGCUACUCCUAAUCUUGCGGGUUUGUGAGGUGCCUCCAGUUGGAAUCUGAACGUCAUGACCAAACAGCUGUGCAUUGCUAGUCUCUUUUAGUGUAUUUUGGUGACAUAAAUGUCUGUACUGUAAUUAAUUAUAAAUAAUGAAAAAUACCUAUAUGUAGCAACUUGAAUAAACAAUAUAUAUUGUAUAUUUAUGAACUAAUCAGAUUUUGUAUACAUAUUUAUUUGCAUAGUACAUGGCUCUGGUUUGUUUUCACCAGUGAAUAGGACUCUAGUUGGCGUCUUGAUGAAUGACACCAUGUUUUGGCUUUAAAUUGUUCUAUUGUUGCAGCUUUUAGGAUCAUAAAUGCAUUACGUGAUAUUUUUGAAUGAAACUUUUUCCAUUGUUUUGUUUUGAUCAACAUUUUUCAUAUCAGCCAUAUUCUGUUAUAAAAUAUAUAUAAAAUAAAGAUCAUGAUUU